CCUUAUCUGUCACUGUCAGUGAUAUCAUUUUGUUUGAUUUUGAUUUGAAUUGGAGCUGAAAAUUAUUUUUAUAGUUGAAUGUAAAUAAUUCUCAAUGUUUUAUAAUUUUUAACAUUAAACUGUACGCGUUGCAUACACACUAUGGCCUCGGGACUUGAAAAUUAUGUGAAUCAAACAGUGUCUGUAAUAACCUCUGAUGGCCGAAACUUCAUUGGCACCUUGAAGGGUUUUGACCAAACAAUAAAUAUUAUACUCGAUGAAUCCCAUGAACGAGUAUUUUCUUCGUCAACUGGAGUAGCACAAGUGGUUCUGGGACUGCAUAUUAUACGAGGAGAUAACAUUGCUGUCGUCGGACAAAUAGAUGAAUCAAUUGAUAGCAGAUUGGAUCUCGGCAACAUAAAAGCGGAACCUUUAGGGCCUAUUGUCCAUUGACCACUAAUUUUAAGGAUAUGUAAUAAAUAAGGAUAUUUUUUAA